AUGUCUGAUAUCAACAUCGCACUCAUAAACUCUAUCAGAAAAAUUGAAAUUGAUAUUGCCAAAAUAAAGCAAAUGGUACGCAUGCUUCAAGAUCAGUUUAGCAAACAAUUUGCUUCAACUGUUAGUGCAGAAGAUCUUAGUAUAAUGCAACAAAGCAUCAUUGAGCAAAGUGCUCUUGAAUGUGUUGCCAAGUCUGUAAAAAGGUCUCAUUUCACUGAGUAUCCUGACCAGCUUGACAAGCAACUCAAGACGUUGAGCCGCAUGAUCAAGCACGAUCUCAUUGACAAAGACUUUUCUGCUUUAAGUAAAGAAUGGAAAGGUAUUCUGGCAAAGCACUGGGAAUACUACAGGAUGCAAUUAGAGAGAAUGACAAAGGAUAAUGGCUUUGCUAUCUACAACCUCCUCCGGGAAAGCUUCAAAAGUGACAGCCAGAAGCAAAAAAGAAGAAUGGUAGAGAAGAACAUUGCACAGCAAGAUGCAAAUGAUUCUUUGCUGUCUUCUGAUAAUAUAUCAGAAACUGAUGGUAGUAAGUCGCCUAUUAUGGUGGAUGUGCUGUUUUAUAUUCUAUAUAUACCACUACGGGAAAAAAAGUGGGGUUUUAUGGCUGCUUUAUGGCGGUUUGACAGGGCGGCUUUGUGGCGGUUUUUUGCCAAAUAUCCACUUUGCCCCCUGGAGUUUAAAUACAUAUUACAGAUCUCCGCUUUCUGA